UUGUUAGGAUGAGGCAGACUUCGUUCCACCUUGCUACGUUGGUAUGGUUGAUUAUUGAUGCCGGAUGCAGACAUAUACAUACUCGAGAGUCACCUACGUUCACUGCUACAACUAUGGAUAGUAAAGAUGAUGAUCUAUCAAUAGCAUUGGGAGAAUUUGGCUUGGAUCUUAAAAACACUGACCUAAACUCAGUUCUACAACACAAAAAACCUGACUACAUCUCAUUCAGAGGAAAAGACAUUCAGGAGCAUCAUAGUCUACAACAUAGCGUAGUCAAAUACCUGUUACAGUAUGGUUAUCUAGAAACAGUGAAACAGAAAACAGAGAAAGAGUUGGGGGAUACCGUGAUUGAGGAGGGAGAUUUAAGUGCCGCUUUGAAGCGGUAUCAGACUCUGUUUAGUCUAGAAGUUACGGGAACGGUUACAGAGGAAACGUUGGUUAAAAUGAGGGAAGCCCGGUGUGGAAUUAAGGAUGAGGAAUUUAUAGCUUCAACAAGCAGGGUUAAGAGAUACACUGUGAAGAGGAAAUUGUGGAAGAAGAAAAGGUUGUUCUAUUGGUUUGAUCCUAAGAAGUACUCGGGCAAAAUGCCAAAAGCCACCCAGCGACAAGUGUUGGAGAAGUCUAUGGAGCUUUGGGCAAAGGUUGCGGGUGUAACGUUUAUUGAGUUGCCAGCAAAUAGAGGAAGGAGGGCUGACAUUAAAAUCAGCUUUGAGAGAGGUUCCCAUGGUGACAAAUACCCAUUUGACGGAUCUGGAGGUAUUGUGGCACACGCGUUUUUCCCCAGAAAAGGACUGCUUCAUUUUGAUGACAGUGAAGACUUCACGACGGAAACCACAAACGGGAUCAACCUUCAUUUCAUAGCAACACACGAACUAGGCCACAUUCUUGGUAUAGACCACACAUUCCACGAAGAUGCCAUAAUGUUCCCGCUGUAUUCUCGUGUGUACCCAGAUAAGAUAGAACUAGCUGACGAUGAUAAGAGCGCUGCGAGGGUUGCUAUGGGAGGGGGAGUGGGAAGAGUGGUACCUCUCCGUAAGUGGAGCUGAUAGAGUUACUUAGUGAACUGUUAAGGAGGACGAGCAGUCUUCCAGGUGUUUGUUAGAUUUGUCUGAAAAUUGGCAUGGAAGAUGGAAGAGACGCAAAAGUUUCUCCGAUACGGAUAGAAGAGAUAAAAUGACGGUCAGAACUGAAAGAUAUAGCAAGAAGCAUAAAACUGAAGAGAUGGACGUAAAGUUGAGGUGAACUUGAAGCUAACUGUUACAGUCUGAACUUCACAAUAUCGUAGGUGGAAUAGUAUGUUAGAGUGUUAGGUAGAAUUUGUUAAUUUGAAAGAUUUUAUAAAUGCUUUAAUAGAUGAUAGUCUAUUCUAGACGAACACGACUUUCUAUUUGAAAUAAUAAUACUUGUAUUUGUAUUUGAUUCGCAUACAGUUAU